UCCGUCACUGUCAAUCAAAAAUAUUGGUUUGUCAACUUGUUCUUGAAAGUUAUUUCAAAAAGUGUUAGAUAAUGCAUACAAAAAGAUAUAAUAGGUAUAAUGAACAAUCGCAGCUGAUUAUUUUAAAUAUAUUGGCUUUUUUUCAACUGGAAAAGGAACAAGUCACGGAAUUGCACUUCAAAUUGAGAAUGUGAUAGAGCGAGCCGCAGAUGCAACAAAAUUGAGCACAACAACGAUCGCAAAUAUAAAGAAGAAUGGGAUAAAAUCAGAUCAGGAUUACGCAGCCCGUAUAUCUUCCAAGCAAAAGACAGCAAAAACCAAAAUUACAACAUAUUUAAAACAUAGAAUUCGGGACACAAUUUAUCCUAUGUACGCCAAAAAAGAAUAUGUAAUAUUGGCGACAAUAAGAGAAAAGUUCAGGGAAGAAAUUGAAUAUUUUGAGUUUUCCAUUGACUCCUUAAGAAGAUGGAUCAAUAAUAUAGGCUUCAAGUGGAAAAAAUCAAAUAACAGAAAAUAUUUGAUGGACUUGCCAAAUAUUGUUCAUAAGAGAAUCAAUUUUUUAAGGGAGUAUAUUAAAAAUAGAAAUGUAGGUCCGGAAGGUUUUACUCCAGUUUUCAUUGACGAGACGUUGAUUUUUAGCAAGGGAUCAUUUCGUAGUAGCUGGCAAGAUGACACCAAGCACACGGAUUCAAGGAAAAACAGUGAAGGUCAUCGUUAUAUCGUGGUCCACGCCGGAACCAAAGAUGGCUUCAUCAAGGGUGUAAAUUUAAUAUUCAAGAGUGGAUUAAAGACGGGAGAUUAUCAUGACAAUAUGAACAGGAAAAAGUUCGAAAACUGGUUUAAAACUCAGCUGGUUCCAAAUCUUCCCCCAACGUCAUUUAUAAUCAUGGACAAUGCAAGUUACCAUUCUGGUUUAUUAGAAGAAAUCCCGAGAAAAUCUUGGACAAAGCAGAGACUGACCGAAUGGUUGAAGAAAAAGAAUAUUGGCUUUCCAGAAAAAGCCAUGAAAGAUAAAAUAUGGAGUAUUGCACACAGAAACUGUCCUAGUAAAAAAAAGUACUUCCUUGAUGAAUAUGUUAAACCUUUAGGACACAAAAUUUUGCGACUGCCACCAUAUCAUUGUCAGUUUAAUGCAAUUGAAAUAGUAUGGUCGGAAUGUAAACGAAAAUAUGAUCAAUAUAUUUCCAAUUUUAAGGGGUCACCUUCAGAAGUUUUGACUACAUGGGAAAGGCUACACAAUAAACGAAAUUUCUUUAGAUCAUUGGCAAAAAUAUGUUUUUCAUACAGAAAAGGUAAUUGAAAAGGCUUGGGAGGCAAUACAAGUGUGUGAUGCCUAUGACAUUCUGCCACUUGUCAUUACGACUGACGAAGACGACGAUGACGAAGACAAUAUCUCUGAUUUCAGUUCUGACUGACAAUACUGACGAGAUUGAUUAAGCUUUUUUUGUUCUAGCAAAUUUUAUUUUAUGAUCGUCGUUUAAGUAUUCAAUCAUAUAGUUGCAAUUUCAUUAACUUGGUAAUGCAAUAUGGCGUGUUGUUUUUGAGUUUAUAUGUUUUAUUUUUUGGAAUGGUAUUUUCAUUUUAAUGUGUUAACAUAUUCCUUCAAGCAGCAUUUUUUUUCAUGAACAAGUAAAUUAAAUUGUCAGUAUUUAAAUUUUUCCCAGUGAGUUAAAAUAAUUUUAUACCAUUAUUCACAAUUUUUGUAAGCUCGGUUUUGUUACGUCUACUGCUCGUGCCGAAUUCUACUUUUCAAAUAUGUUGUAGAUUUGGUUUUUGCGGUCUUUUGCUUGGAAAAUAUACGAGCAGCGUAAUCCUGAUCUGAUUUUAUCCCAUUCUUCUUUAUAUUUGCGAUCGUUGUUGUGCUCAAUUUUGUUGCAUCUGCGGCUCGCUCUAUCACAUUCUCAAUUUGAAGUGCAAUUCCGUUUCGGACUUGUUGUUUAUGUCCCAUUAUUUAUGAUUAAUUAUAAUAAUAUUUGUUAAUUGUUAAGUUUGUUAAUAAUACAAUAAAUACUACAAGA